UGAAAAACAAACUGCAGGGGAUCCUGAAGUCAAAAUGGAUAGAUUGAGUAUCAUUUCCAGCGCUUUGUUCCUCACAGCAGACGUGUUUGCAGUUGCAAGUUUGGCAAUGCCAAGAUGGAUUGUUUCUGAUAUUGGGGGCAAACUCACUUCUCUAAAGAAAAUAGGCAAACUCUUGCCAUAAACAUGGCCGGAUGUAAUGAGCUUUUCAAUACCAAAGGUCGUACAUAUAUUGGACUGUUGCAGUCGUGUUUGGAGAUUUAUAGUGGCCAGCAGAGUGAAAUGUGCUUUACUCCUGUCCCCCAGAGAACAGAAUGGCUGCUGACAUUUGCCUGUAUUAUACUGGGCAUUCUCAGUGUGACCUCAACUAUCGGACUACUGAUCCUCUCCCACUGGAAAUACAGAGUUAUGAAGCAUGCCAGGUGGCUAGGAUUUGUUGCAAUCAUUUUGUUUUGCCUGGCUGCAGUAAUUUUUCCAAUCGGAUUUAACAUGGAACAGAUCGGAGGUGAACCCUACCAGCUUCCCAAUAACUAUCAAGUUGGCAUUUCCUAUAUCUUUUUUGUCCUUGCUCUAUGGAUUACUGUGGUCUCAGAACUGUUUGCAAGCAAAGUUUGUCUACCACAUUUUUAAACUUCAUUUUAUUGAUUGUUCUGUGCAAUACCAAGUACGUCUUGAAAAAGCUGCUUUGACUGACGAAAGAAAAGAAAAAUCCUGUUGUGAUGCUGCAUGUAUGCAGAAUAUUACCAACAUUCGGUAAACAAGAUAUCACGAAUGGAAAAAUGUAAUGUUUAGUUAACAAACACUGUAGAUUGCUUAAAGCUUUAAACUGUAAAUAGUACAUGCACCUGAAAACGAUGUACAUGGUAUUCUUUUCUAUGUCAGUGCUUGUUAUAUACAUAGUACUUCAUAGGUAGCUCCUGCAAAAUGAAGAGACCAGGUAGAUUUGACAUUUGUCGAUUGUUAAGAGAUACUUACAUAUAUUAUGUGCAAGUAAUUUCACUUUUUGUUCCAUUGCAUACAUGUACUGUUCUAUGUAUAGCUGUUUUUUAAUGCCUUUAGUUUUGUUGUUUUUACAUUUGUUAAAAUUCUAUGAAGUUUUAUAAAAAUAUGACAGUUUCUAGAAAUAAAAUGUUAAAAUAAU